UCUAAACCGGGGCUUACGCCCCUCAAUCCUCAGGUUUACAAGGCACCUUACAGCAACGACAGUCCCCGAAAUUCAUCACGUAACCAUCCCCUCACUCAACACUUUAUCCGCGGUCUUGCUGGACUCUUCCAGGAUUUGAAAAAUUGCUAGUGGCUACGGACACUUUGCAGCAAUCAUCAGCAACCUUGCCAUCUCUGAAUGAAGGCAUUUGAUGAAGCAGCUUAAGACAGUUGGGCCGAGGCAUUAUACUAAAGAAUCCUUGCACAGAUGUUCUGGUGGUUUUCAGCAUUCACGUUGGUUACGAUGCUUACAGUUGCAGAGGAAGGAAAUCCAUUCAACAACUUUGAGAAGAAUGGAAAAUGCGAGUUUACUGGAUGAAGCCACAUAUGAGAGACUUGCAGAAGAAACAUUGGAUCUUUUAGCUGAUUUCUUUGAAGACCUCGGAGAUCGACCAUUUGUUCCAAAAGACUAUGAUGUAUCAUUUACGAAUGGCGUGUUAACAAUAAAUAUGGGAGAAGCCUUGGGGACGUACGUAAUUAAUAAACAGACUCCAAACAGACAAAUCUGGUUAUCAUCUCCCAUCAGUGGGCCUAAACGAUACGAUUGGACCGGGAAGAAAUGGAUCUAUUCUCACGAUGGAAUUUGUUUACAUGGUUUGCUCACGAAGGAGUUCUCUACAACAUUCAAGACUCAAGUAGAUGUACUUUCAGUAGCAGAUGUCAGUAAUAUGUGACCUAGCAAAAAAUCUAAGAACUGUUUCCAAAAGCUGUUUUGUAAAUGAUAAACCCUUUUGGAAUUAUUAUGUGCGAAUCUCUUGUUCUUGUGACAGUUUCUGGCAUGCUGUAAAGACCGCAAUCAAUUUAUAUUGUCCCAAAGUAAACUUCCCUGUUGGAGCUCU